AUGUCUAGUUGCUCUGGUCGCUGGGUCGUGUGGCGCCCCCGACAGCCCCAGCAAUGGCCAACUGAUGCUCUUGCCAACUGGGCGGUAGAUGCCUGCGCAGAGGUCGAUUGGGUCUGCGCCCAGCGCCGCAACUCAGACAACACGGUCGUACAUACCGUGGUCCCAGUAUUGACCUGUGUCAAAGUCCACCCCCUUGUGGAUGGACGUGGUGGCGUUCUGGAGUUUCCUUAUGGAGACUUCGACCGGGUCGAAAGGGCAGUGAGGGAUUGGGAGUACAGGCAUCAACACGACCGUCGGUUACUCGAAUACUGGUCUCGUGUGGGAGGUUAUCCUCAACCAUACGUUUCAGUCAUGAUUUGCUACAAACUUGUCCGGUGCCGCAUUGACGAAUGCCUAGGAACAGGCCCGAGUUUGAAGGCAGCCAAAGCAACCGCAGCCGAAAGGCUCCUCAGGAGCGGUCACUGCAUGAUACGCCUCGACUAA